UCUCGUUACUUGGUAUUUCCUAACUUCCAUUUCAGCGAAAGACCCGGAUGGGAAUGGGUACCGAGACUCCCUGUCGGAGCUACGCUUGCGUCCUCUGGGUUCUCCUUUUCUUAUCUUCGAUUCCUCAUUCGUUCGCUCCUUCCAAUGAACGAUCGUUGGUUGUUGGUGAGUCAAGUACAUUGCAGCUGUCUUCUGGGUUCCCGAUAGCAAACUCACCUGGUGCCGGAGCAGGCACUUCUGUGGUAUGUGAGAGAGUUCACAUUCAUGGAUUGUCGAGGCUCAAACACUUGAACAAGAUUGCUCAUUCCCUGAAGGUUAAAGUUUCACAAAAAAAUUCAGGCUUAAGGGGAACAAAUGCGGAAGUUUGUUUCCACAGGAAUGUGUCUCUUGGGAUAGGCAUGUGCUCUCAAGGCCAGUGGGAGAAGGUCGAUAAGGGUUCAUGGGCUCGACCAAUGUCACCUUUUUAUCACAAGAUCCUAGAUGUACGCAUGGCUGGUUCUUCCUUAGAAACUACCGAGGUAUCCAUUGAAGAAGAAUUUUUCCUAUAUCGCCUAGUAUUUUUGAUAUCGGGUAUCCUUCUGUUGACCCUUGCAUCUCCUUUGAGCAAGUCAUUGACUUUUUACUACAGCAGUGCCAUGGCAAUUGGUGUUGUCCUUGUAAUAUUGAUGGUCCUUUUUCAGGGGAUGAAGCUUCUUCCAAGUGGUAGAAAGAACUCACUUGCCAUUUUUUUUUACUCAUCUGUGGUUGGUUUGGGAUCUUUUCUGCUUCGCUAUUUGCCAGGAUUGUUACAUUAUAUACUCAUGGAAAUUGGAAUCAAUGAAGACAUGUACAAUCCUUUGGCAAUAUUUUUGCUGGCAUUUGUGGUUCUUGUUGGAGCAUGGUUAGGUUUUUGGGUUGUACGCAAACUUGUGCUGACAGAAGAUGGAGCAGUUGAUAUAAGUACAUCCCAUUUUGUUGCAUGGUCUAUUCGGGUUUUGGCAGUCUUUAUGAUUCUUCAGAGUUCUUUGGAUUCCUUAUUAGCAGCAGAAGCAUUAAUAGCGGCAAUAGUUAUCUCUUCGGUACUGAGGAAAGUUACUAGAAUGAAAUUUUUGCGGCACACGUUUAGGAAGUUGCUCAAACUAGUCAAAAACAUCGUCACUGGUUCCCAUCUUCCUGAUUUAUCACCAUUUAAAUAUUGUAAUAGUGGAUAUAUACACAAUAGGCAUGAAGACUCUAAUUACCGCAGGCCUCGGUCCAAAAGGAUUGACCUUGCUUCAUGCGAUUCUCCUGUGCAAGGUGUUAGUAGCAGGACACUGACUGGUGAUUUUUCAGAUUCAGAUACCUAUGCAUCUAUUAUCCAUAAAACUCCUGAAAGGAGAAAAUUCUCAAGAGAUGAGUGGGAACAGUUCACCAGAGUCUGCACGAAAACAGCCGUUGAAGAACUUGUUGUUUCCCCGGGUUUCGGCAAAUGGGUUGCAGCUAAUGCAGAAAGAAUCACUGUAACUCCCAACUCCGCUGGUGGUCCUGGUCGGCGUCGUAGGUGGCUCCUCUGGUUUUGAGAAUCUAAUGUAACCUUAAGACACUGUUGUAUAAGGUGAGGUCAGCAUGGAUUUAUGAGGCAUUUAAACAGCAACCUUUGAAACUGACCAACUCCGUUAGUUUUUUAGCUCAAGCAGUUAGAUUAAGUUUUCUUUUCGGAUUGUAAUGAAGCACUGUAUGUGUUUAGUGGACCCUUUUGAGUCUUUUUCACUUUUCCUAUUCAGUUGUAGCAUAUAAAAAUAUAUGCUACUUUGAAAAAAGUUGGCUAUAAAAUUUACAUAGGUUGUCAUUA